CGGGUUGCGGGUCAGUUAAAGGGACCGGAGACCUGCAACAGCUUUUGGGACCACCUCCGCCCCCCACCUCCACCUCCCCUUUAAAUACACUCGCUCGCUCGGUGGGUGGGUGUGAAGGGCGGGUCGUGAGGGCCCCGCAGCAGAGCGUUUGAGAGGAGUCGGCGACCCGCAGAAAGGUUCAGUGUGUCGUCCUCCAGAUUGGAGGAAAGGCCCCAUUCAAUAAGACAGUGACCAUGCCUCCUAAAUUUAAACGUCAUUUAAAUGAUGAUGAUGUGACUGGUUCCAUAAGAAGUGAAAGGCGGAACCUUUUAGAAGAUGAAUCAGAUGAAGAGGAAGACUUUUUCUUGAGAGGACCGACUGGACCACGAUUUGGACCCAAGAAUGACAAGAUCAAACAUGUCCAGAACCAAGUGGAUGAGGUUAUUGACGUGAUGCAGGAGAAUAUCACUCGAGUGAUAGAACGUGGAGAGAGACUGGAUGAGCUACAAGACAAAUCUGAAAGUUUAUCAGACAAUGCCACAGCAUUCAGCAACCGAGCAAAGCAACUGCGGCGACAGAUGUGGUGGAGAGAGUGCAAGAUGAAGGCUAUUGUGGCACUGGUUGUCUUAAUUGUCUUGUUAAUCAUUAUCAUACCUAUAAUUUUGAAGAAUCGUUCAUGAUGGGUAUCAGUGGCUGAAUGGAGCGCAACAUUGACCAAGGAAGGUUACUCCUGCCUCAUUUCUGUAGACAGUACUUGGUAUGUGUAUAUAAAAAGUGUACACUUAUUGUAAAUAGUGUUUGUCAGCUCUUUGAAGAAGAAAUUGUAUUUGUGUUCAUCGGCUGCUACAAGAACCCUUCUGGAACAAGGCUGUAGAGGACCAAUAUUGCACAUGUGCUCCUCUCGAUUCCCUUUGUGAGCAUAUUCAGGGAGCAGUAAAUGAGCUGGGAAAAGGAAUUGAGGGGAUUCUAGGCUGAAAUAAGAGGCUAUGUUUUUUCUAAAAAUGCACAAAGCCUUGUUUCUCUGCAGAAAUAACUUGAUCAUAUAAUAUAUCCACUAAUGGACUAUUGCAGUCACUUUCUGACCGUGUUAUUGUGUUGAUUCAUGCUGAUUGCUCUUUAAUGCUGUAUAUAUUUUUAUCCCUCUGCAUUGCAAAAUUAUUUUUUUUAAGAAAACUUGCUUUUUCAAAAGACCCAUUACCUGACAAUCAAAGAAUUUGCACCUUUCCCUCUGUGUUCAGGAUUGGAUUUAUUUAUCCCCCAAUUAUAUGGUGGUUGGCAUCACUUGCAGUGCAAAAGAUCACACCACUAGACACCAAAUAUGCAGUGUAAAACAUUUGGCAUCAAUCGCAAAAUUAUCUAGAGGAAGGAGGUGGUCAAAUAUCAGUGGAUAUGUACAUGUAUAACUACAACUAAUGUGAAUCAGGCUAAGCUUAAAACAAAUAAAAUGUACAGUGCUGCCUUUCAAACUUCUACAGAGAGAUCCUCGGAUUCUUUGAGUCAGUUUUUUUUUUGGUCAGCUGUGUGUCUAACACAACUGCAGAAACCCAUCAUCAUCCUUAAAGAGUACCCAAACCUGCUUAGAAAUGGGAAAAUCUGUUAUAUAAAAAAAACUCAAACACCAAGGUUGAUCAGCAGCAAAUCAACUGCAUUUACCCACUGACUUUCCCAUUAGCUUUUGUUAUAUUCCAGAUGUCAGUUGUAGACCUUCUUUGUGUGCUGCAUGAAGUGCUGCUUUCCCCAAUUCUUACUUAUACGCCUGCGCACACCUCUUCAAAAAUGUUCCCAAUAGCCGUGCAGCAAGUGGAACAUUAGAAAAUGGAGUAUUGCACAAGUGUUUGGUGUGCUACUUUUAAGUGUUAUUAAAUGCUUUUUUUCCCCUCUUCCUUGCACUUUGCGGCUUUUAUUUGCCCAAUUAUCACCUUGUAAAGGUGUUCUUGGAAAGUUAGACCUGGAAACGAAAUAUUAAAGUGAAAUUAAAAUUCUGAAUAUUUUUGAUAACUUAUCAAAAGAUUCCCUCAACAAAGUGAGUAAGAAGCAUCCAGACAACCUGUUAGGAGGUCACAGCGUGCAACUAACUUUCCACAAGUGUUAGACCUAUUGUAUCUGAAGUGCACAUUUGAUCCAUAGAACAUGUAAGUGUGCUGUGGUUACAGCAGGCCUUAAGACAAUUAAUCAUAAUUACACUGAACAUAAGCAGAUAAUACUACAAUUUAUAAAAGGGGCUUAAGGACCUAAUUGUAAAAAGCUAAAUAAAAAUUACAUACUUCUAUUAUUUGUCAUAAGUUUGGAGUCCUGUAGCUCAGUGGUUAGAGCACUCGCUUUGCAAGUGAGAGACCCGAGUUCAAUUCCAGGCAGAGGCGAAACCUUGGGCAAGUUUCCUUACUCCACACAGAGCCUAAUAAUAAUCCCUCCAAAACCAAAAACAAUAAAUUGGUCAUUUUCAAUCUAUGACUGUUUGUGGGACAUUGCUGUGCGCAAUUGGCUGCCUCGUUCGCCCACAAUAUACAGUCAAUUCACUUUACAGUAUAUUCUGUGAAGCGCUUUGGGACAUCCUCCCGACAUGAAAAACGCUAUAUCAAAUGCAAGGAUUAUUAUUAUUAUAAGUCAAUUGUACCCAUACACUGGAGUUGAGCAAAGAAAGGAAAAACAGUUGAGUUAGCUACUGCCGAUUCUAAAGUGGAAUAUACCAGCAGUCUAUACAUGAAGUCAAUUCUAUAGUAAAUGUGUACACUACAAUGUGUAGAGUCAGUGGUUCUUCCACAUCCAGUUUAUCUCCCAAAACUUUCAAACACUUCUGUGCACCCAGAUUGUUUUGCUCUUUGAAAUCCACAAAUCCAUGGGUCUAAAGUAUUUCAUUCAAUAAUCUAAAAUAAUAACUAGCUUUAUCUACAAACAAAUCUAGAGAAAUUCCUUUUGAAACUUUUUAAUUUCCUAACAUAAACAAACCUGUAUCUAAUGAAGAUUCUAAAGAGGAUACUUUGUAUUUUGUUCCCCAUCUUCUCCCCAGCACUAUUGAAUAUUCAUUGUUGCUGACCAUUGCCAAAGAGUAAGAUCUGUUUAUAAAUAAUGUAGUUUUGAUUACAUGUUAAAUACCAAUCCAUUACAUGGAGUAAAGCAAAGCAGUACAUUACAUUUUGCUUUAUAGAGAAACUAAGACCUGUUUUUUUUUCAAACAAAUCUAGAUUUAGGGAGUUUGUAUUGCUGAAUUUAAUGUAAUUUUGUGUUUUAGUGUAAAUGUAUCAAGCUUGCAUGUUUGCACUGUACAGACAAAUUAUCCUUCGUUAUUGUGUAUGUGUUAGGGCAGGUUGACAUGUCCUAAACCAUGAGGAUUUCUAGGAAAUAAAUUAUUUUGUUGUCUGUAAUUCUGUUGAAAUAAAAAAAGUAAUCUAAAUGUUUAAUUACUUUGACAGUUGUAAUGACAACUGUGAAAAUAAAAAAAUCCUGUAAUAGUCCUUUUCCUUUCAGAAGUAGUAUGUUCUGUAAAGGAUCAUGAUGUAUAUUCAUAUAUACAUACAUAUUCAACCAGACAUAUUUAAUAGGUGACUUCCCUUUCCGCCCAGCAUCUACCUCCAUACAUCUUUCUAGGAGGGAAUCACUUUAACAUACAUAUUUCUUGUGGGUUA